AGCUUGUAGGUCAGCAUUUCUCAAAAAAAAGAAGAAGAAGAUAUUCCUACGCAACCGUCAAUAGUCUUUUAUUAAGUCUGUGAGUUAUUCUAAUGGUAUAAAUGUCACCACAUUUCUGCCACCUGCACCCACAGCUGACAUGCAUCGAUGCAUUCGGCGAUCACUGAAUCCAGAGCUCUGUAGUACAGUUAUAUGGUCUGUUGUAUCCCAGCAUGGGCCCGGAAGUUGAUUGGGAUUCCCAGGUAAAGAAAAAAAAUCCCGGAGAUGCUGUCGUCGCCUGGGAAAACAAACAGCUAUCCAGACAAUUAAAAAGGGAAACGCCGAUCGGUCGCCAGGUAAGGAAGAGGCUUGUGGACUUCACCGCGGCACUCGGUAAGACCAUCCAUCGGUUUUAAUUUGGGAGUACGGCAUGUUUUUGAGUAGUUGGUAGGGUGAAUGCCAUUUGUCGUGUGGUCGGGUGCCAUAGCAACGGCUCAUGAGAAACAUUGUAUAGCCCAGGCCAGUUUGACGUGCUCGAUGUGUUGGAUGACAGCCGCGUUCAUGCGGACAAUUUGGACGGUGGCAACUCCUGCAACAAAUUGCCGUUGUGUCUCGCCGCCGUCUCGCCCGUCCACGAGCUGAUUGGUGUAAAAAAAAAUAAAAUAAAUAAAAAUAAAAUAACGGACCAGAAAAAUCCACCGAGCAGCUAAAACAAGUAGCCGCGGAUAUAUGAAGACGCGUGGUAGUUAUUUGUAAAUGCAUGUGUUGUUUUAUUGCACGGUCGCCCAUCGCGGGCAGACAGGAUUGUCAGGCAAGAGGGUCGGCGCUGGUGCGCGUCCUUUUUUUCUUUCUUUUUUUUUUUUUAAUCGCCGUGCCCUGGUGAGACUGGCGCGUCUCCCCGGCUGCAUCAGCGCCUGUUGCUCCCCAUGCGCGGCCAAUGCGAGGAUAUUAAUUUUCCCUGCGAUGUGUUGUCUCCGCCCCCAGCGGCUCGCUCCACGGUCUCCUCUGUCCACUGUUGUCAUCCAUUUGUGCAAAAGGUGCAGCAUUGUACGUCUGGCUCCUCUGACCUUUGUCUUUUUAUUAUUAUUUCUUUGUUUUGUUUUAUUUGUUUGUUUGUUUUUUCAACAUUGUGUUCAACGUGACAUUGAGUAAAAACAUCACCUGUUCUGAUCACAUAAAAUCAGUAUUGUUACACCGGUGUCUACACACCUCACUUUGUUGUCAGCUGUGGAAUAAUAACAGUGUUCUGUGUAAACUACAGUAAAUUUCCCCCAUUAUUUAUUGCACAGAUACACAGGGAUGGACAAAAUAACAGGGACGAUUUACAAUGUAAUAAACUACAGAAAAUAAAUACAACUACAAGCUUAAUCUCAACAAAUCCAACAUUAUAGGCUACGUUUUGUGAGGCUAUGUCUGUAUAUUGAUAUGUUGAUAAUAUAGAUGAUCAGAAUUGUCUUUUUAAAUUCAUACAUAUAUAUACUAUUAUAUUAUAUUGUUCUUUUGUGCAGCUCUAAUGCUAAACUUCACUCCUCGGAUCAGUAAAGUUUGACGUUGUCGUAUUUUAAGAAUUAAUCUUGAAUUUAGAUUUACAUCAAAGCCUCAUAUCAGAAGUGGUGUUUGUGGUGCCCUUGAACUGAAAUUCUUCACAGUGUAAAGUGUUCCAGCUAUUUUGUCCACCCCCCUUUUAAUUUUAACUCCUCCUUCAACGCUCUUGCCCAUUAGCUCUCUAUAAAUGUGGAGCUUCUCAUGUUCAUUUGUUGGCCACGGUGCAGAAGAGUCUACAAGAUUCAGAAAUAGAAGGGCAGAACCCAAGUUUACCAGAUUAGUUUAUUACUGUGAACUUAUUCUGAAAGCAUAAAGCUAUCUGUUUCCCAGCCUUAUUCUUGUACCAACAAACAGCUGCUAAGUAUAUUUUAUAUGGAAUCUGGUGAGAGAAUGAAUGCUGAUGACUGCAAUGGGCGCUCAUAUGCACAAGGUAAUGGAGGAGAGUCAUCAACGGAGCAGGAUUUUUAUGGCGCGCUGCAGGGCCCUUCAGCAAGAUCUCCAAACAGUCAGCAGUCCUCACCACACCGCUCCCUUAGUGCAAACUCCAUCAAGGUUGAGCUGUGCAGUGAUGAUGAGUCACCAGGUGCUCCACAGCCAGAGAACAGGGAGGCUGUGAGGGAUGAUAGCAGGAGGGAUGACAGAGGGGAACCCAUGGAAGAAGGGAACGCCGAGUUUGCCGGAGCUGGAAGAGACAGAGCGAGCAUUUACAGAGAGAUGGCCAGUCCAAAAGCUGCCUCGCCGGGUCCUAUCCGGCUCCCCAAUGGGAAGCUCCAGUGUGAGGUUUGUGGGAUGAUCUGCAUCGGACCCAAUGUGCUGAUGGUUCACAAGCGAAGUCACACAGGUGAGAGGCCGUUUCAGUGUAACCAGUGUGGGGCUUCCUUCACCCAGAAGGGGAACUUGCUGCGCCACAUCAAGCUGCAUUCGGGAGAGAAGCCUUUCAAAUGUCCCACUUGCAACUAUGCUUGUCGCCGUAGAGAUGCCCUGGCUGGACAUCUGCGCACGCAUGCAGUGUCUUCGCCGACAGUGGGAAAACCUUUCAAGUGCAGCUACUGCAGUCGCAGCUACAAGCAACAGAGCACACUGGAAGAACAUCUGGAGCGCUGCCAUAGUUAUCUGAAGAGUCUGGACCACCAGACAGCAGUCAACACGCAGACAGCACAGGGUGAAGAGUCAGUAAGCAUGGAGAUAAUCUCUAAACCUGUGCUCCAGCCAUCCAAUGAAAAAAUCCAGUUUGUGGAUAGACUGACCAGUAUCACCAAACGCAAGAGAUCAACACCACAGAAGUUUUUGGGUGAGAAGCACAUGCACCUUGACCUACCUGACGCACCUUAUGAAUUGUCCUCUGGCUCUGAGAAAGAGGGGGACCUCAUGAGCUCUCAGCCUGCUGGGGACUCGGUUGGGCUGGCUGGUUCACACCUCCAAGGCGCCAGGGGUAAAGGUGAGAACCAUGAGUCGCCUGCACUGUCUCAGCUCCAUCCUGCCUUCCUGACGGAGCUCCGCACGGUUAUAGGCUCCAUCAACAGCAACGUGACUCCUCAGGGCCCCCGAGCACAUGGCGGAGGUGGGCUGGCAGCGAUGUCUCUCGGGCUGGCAGGGCGGGAGGCAGGCGAAGGCCGUGUUGACCAACCCUCAGCCAAUAGCCAUACCACCUCGCCCAACGGCUGUCCCGACUCUACAGACACAGAGAGCACAGCAGAAGAGCAGAGCACAAGGGCUACAGCCCCGACAAGUACCUCCAACAACCACCACCUCCACUACCAAACCCCAGCACUGCCCCGCAGCCAUCCCACUUCCAGCCCCAGCCAGGCCAAAGACUUGGACCAAGAGUGGGAGAGAGCGUGUCCUGUGCCCACCGCCAUGGUAAAGAGGAGCCCUGGCUCACCCCUUUCUUCAAGGGAGACAGUGCAGGUGUUAGACAGGGACGGCAGGCCUGUGCGCUCCUUCCACUGCCGGCACUGCCGCAUCCUCUUCCUGGACCAUGUCAUGUUCACCAUCCACAUGGGUUGUCACGGUUUUCGCCAACCCUUCGAGUGCAACAUCUGUGGCCACCGCAGCCAGGACCGCUACGAGUUCUCAUCUCACAUCAGCCGCGGAGAGCACCAGGUGGGCUGAGGAGAGGGGCUCGCGGCUGUAUGAGGAGAGGUGACUCUAAAGUUGUUGGGCUCACGUUUGUUCUGCACCAGAUCAGUUGCUUUAAAUCCUUAGUGUAAGUAAAUAGAAAUUUGUGGUUUUAUUGUGAGAAUAUUUAUGAAACUAAAGCAGAUACAAGUGAAGAAUCUUUUCACUGCACCAUUUAAAGUUUAGUGGAGGCAAAUUAUGUUCUAUGAUUGAUUGCACUCCCAUAUCAAAUCAUCUACUAGCAAAACUACCGGUUUUGCUUCAAAAGUGCCUUCUUGGGGGAUUUCCUCUUAACUUAAUGAAACUGGGUUGGGCGGGGAGGGGAGGGGGGGACUGGUGCUCCAACAUUUUGACUAGCCAUCUUUUCCUAAGUGAUUUAGUUAGAUGAGAGGUCAUGCACACAGGCAUUUAAGAAAAGCAUGGGAUGUACAUUUUAAGAAUUAUAUGUGGUAUGCUUAGUAUGCACUUGUUUUUCUGGUUCAAGAGGGUAUUUUGUGUGGGGUGUCAGGUAAGCUUAAUAUGCACUGAGAGCUUUGUGCCUCUGGGUUUGGGAGGAGCUUUUGUCACAGACGAAGCACAGAAAUGGAUUGCCUUAACUCCUACAGCAGUACGCUGCUGUAGGAAUACAUAUUGUUUACAGCAUGGUUAGACAGCGCGUGAAGUCACCUCAGAAGAGAGAAUAUUUACAGCUGCACAGAAAGAGGACUAUCAGGACAAAGAAAAAGCAUGAAGGGAGUGAGCUUAAAGACAUUCACCUGAUGGUGAAAGAGGCAUCCAGGGCUCAGGAAAAAAAGGGGGUUUUGGAUGUUAAAGUGAGCCUUAGAAAACUGGUGCAGAUCAGACCAUGAGCCAUGUAGUGUACAGCAAGAGCCUGACUGAGAUGGCCCAGGGUGCUAUACCUAUACGGGAUUGCACUUUUAGGUUCCCUGCUUAUAUAUGAACAUCUUUGCCGAAGCACUUGACGGCUUUACAAAUUUUUUUCUGUGAUUGUUCUACUGCACUGAUAAAUCGCAUAAUACUACACAAUAUACACAAGAUACACAAUAACUGAUCAUCUAAUUUGCAACACCAGUGUAUUUUUAACGGAGCCGGCCUUCUACAGAAUCCCUCAGCAUUGCACUGGUUCUGUGGACUACACUCAAGUUUGCUGCAAUGUGUGACUUAAGAAUUAAAUAUCAGUUCAACUAAAAGAAUUCUUUUGUGGUUUUGCUCUCAGCAGUUGAGGCUGAGGUUUUCAACAAUUUCCAUAAUGUAAGUGAAUUAACAGAUUAAUUAUUUGAAAAUUAAUUAACAAAUCAGUUUGGAUCUGUUCAGUUAUCACUUGUGAUUAUCUAUUUAGUGUUGUUUGUUUCAGCCUUGGUGUAUUUAAUCAGCUAUAUUCCAAAUCUUAUCCAGCAUAUUCCUCAAGUCCAUGAAAUGUUACCUCCUGCUUCUUUAUAGCACCCAAAUACCUUAUUGCUACAGUAUGGUGAGUUAUCUGAUAAUGUUAAUAUUGGGAACACGAAUGAGACCAAACUCAGUAUUCUUACUCGUUAUUGUGGGUUUGCUGCUUCAUAGUUUAACUUGAUUUUCUUUAAUCGCAGGCAAAAAUGUACUUGAAACUGUUUGAGAAAAAAAAGUAAAUCUAAAAAUGCACUUGGUUUGAUAAGUAGAGAAAUGUGUGUGAAUGGAAUAUAGCAUGUGUGCUUGUCAUUUUCUGCUUUUACCUGAAUUGUGAAUUAUUUUUGAAAUGUGAAGUAAUUUCAAAGAAGUGAAAAUGAGGCAUGGGUUUUUUCUGUCUCCUUGUGUGGACUUUUCAAUGUUAUACAAUAUUUUGUGAAUGAUGUAACAUGACAAAACACUUUACCUCAAAGUUAAAGAUGUACAACUGCCUCAUUAUUUCAAAAAGUCAUGUUGCUUUCCGAGAUGUUCUUGCAGUUACAGAUGCGUGCCCCUCGAUAUUCUCAAAACUUUUUACUGUCAAUAAAGUUAAGUUUAUUGUAAAA